AUGCACUUUCAGAAACGAUGUACUCAGACCGGACUUGUAUUUUUGCUUCCAGAUGACCACUCAAGAGUUGUUUUGGAGAAUACUCCAGAGAAUCCCUAUUUAGAUUAUAUUAAUGCCAACUAUUUAGACGGUUACAAUCAUAAGAAGAAAUAUAUAGCUUCGCAAGGUCCAACAACCCAUAUGAUAAAUGAUUUUGUUAGAAUGAUUAUGGAGAAGAAAUGUGAUAAAGUUAUUAUGGUGACUAAAGAUUUUGAAAUGGGAAAGAUGAAAUGUUUGAUAUACUGGCCUGAUGAUAAACCAAUAACUAAAGGUGAUAUCACAUUGACGCUGAAGAAUCAGAAAAUAAGAGCUAACUAUACCAUAAGAACCAUUUUAAUGACAAAGGUAUCUAUUAAUUUGCAGGGAGAUUCAAGUCACACGUUUACUCAGUUCCAUUAUGAGGCUUGGCCAGAUCAUGAUGUUCCUGAUGUCCACGACAUGUUGGAUUUUUUAUAUGAAGUUAACAGGCAUCAACCACAAUCAACCGCUCCUCAAGUGGUACACUGCAGUGCUGGUGUAGGUAGGACAGGUACCUAUAUAGCUGUAGAUUAUUGUUUAGAACAAUAUAAAGACAUUGGCUCUGUAGAUAUUAUGAUAUGUAUCAAGAAGCUCAGAAACCAAAGAAGAGGAAUGGUUCAAACAGUUGUAAGAUCGUCGUUUUGA